UUUAGGAAUGGAUGAGUUGAAACGUAUCGCUUUCACAGCACCAUUUCGAUAUGAGGAUGCAGUUCGUUACACCGGAACGCUGCGUAAUUUUGCAAUAUAUUUUUCUGUGCUGUAUGUGAUUACCAUUUUCUCUAUCAAACUUGUGAUGACUCGAUUUAAACCAUUUCAGCUUACGCCAAUGUUGAACUUUUGGAAUACCUGGUUGGCACUGUUUAGUGUGAUGGGAUCAUUUUUCUCAUCAAUUGCUCUUUUUUCGGAAAUCUACAAUCACGGUCUUGUAGCAUCGUAUACGAAAAUAGGCGAUUUCUUUGAAGGAACCAGUGGAUACUGGGCAUGGCUGUUUUGCUUAUCGAAAUUUGCAGAAUUCGGUGAUACAAUAUUAAUUGUAUUACGUAAGAAACCAUUGAUCUUCUUACACUGGUACCAUCAUGUUUUGACUCUCAACUACGGCAUCAUCUCUUACAGUCACCAUACACCAUAUAACACUUGGAUUAUAUGGUUGAAUUUCACAGUUCACAGUUUUAUGUAUAGUUAUUAUUUCCUCCGAUCAAUCCAAAUACGUGUACCAGCAACUAUUGCACGUUCUAUUACGUCUAUGCAAUUGCUACAGUUCAUUAUAACGUUGCUUAUCCUUAUGCAUGUUGGCUAUUUGAUGGCUAUUGGUGAAGCUGUCGAUGGAACGCUAAGCACAUAUUUUCUCUGCUUGGGCAUGGAAAUUUCCUACGUUAUACUUUUCGCUAAUUUCUACUAUCAGUCGUACGUGAAGGGUGGAGGAAAGAAAUUCAAAGAAGAGAAAACGGCGAUGAAAAAAGAUUAGAAUUGAUGUUUUUUUUAAAUUUUUUCUAUGCAAUAUACCAUGGUUUUCUGUGCCUGUCAAUUGUGGGUCUUCUAAAUCUAAAUGGAUUAGCUAAUUUCACAACUAAAACUUCAACUUUUUUUUCACAUGGAGCGGAAAAUGGAC